UGAAACGGUUGGAGGAGGCGUGUCAGUAAUGGCGAGUGCUUCAUCGCUUUCUUCUACUCUUUUGCUUCAAAAUUCUAUUAAUUUCCCUCCUCAAAACUCAAGAAGACCAUUCGAUUCCUCUUUCCUAUUCAGCAGCGAGAAGGGUUCUAUUACUUUGUGUUCUGCAAAGAAGAAAAUCAGCUUUGUCGACCAAAUUCUUGAUUAUAUUGAAGGAGGUCCCAAAUUAAGAAAAUGGUAUGGUGCACCUGAUCUUCUUCCUAAAGAUGGACCUGCCGCAGGAGAUGAGGAUGAAUAUCUGGAAGAUGAAGUCAGGGAUGCAGUACUUGUGACAGAUGGAGAUAGUGAGAUGGGUCAGAUGGUCAUACUGUCAAUGAUUGUGAAAAAAACUCGAGUAAAAGCACUGGUGAAGGAUAAGCGGGUUGCACUUGAAGCCUUUGGAAGUUAUGUUGAGUCAAUGGCUGGAGAUACAACUGACAGGCGAUUCCUCAAGAAAGCUUUGAGGGGCGUUCGCACAAUUAUAUGCCCAAAUGAGGGUUUUCUUUCUAGUGUUGGGAGCCUACAAGGAGUUACACAUAUAAUCCUCUUAUCGCAGUUGUCUGUUUAUAGAGGUAGAAGUGGAAUUCAAUCUUUGAUAAAAAACAAUGCAAGGAAAUUAGCUGAGCAAGAUGAAUCAGUAUUGGUGAACUUGGGAAUCCCUUACACCAUAAUUAGGGCUGGUCUAUUACAAGAUAUUCCCGGUGGGAAGCAAGGUUUCUCCUUUGAAGAGGGUUGUGCAUCUAGAGGAAGUCUGAGCAAAGAAGAUGCAGCAUUUAUUUGUGUAGAGGCAUUGGCAUGUGUGCCACAAUCCGGAUUCAUAUUAGAGGUUGUCAAUGGAGAAAACAAGGUUUCGGAUUGGAAAGAAUGUUUGACUUCAUUAAUGGAAAAGGCAAAUCAGCAACUUCAAUGACCUCAACAAACAGUUGUAUCUCUAAUUUUUCUUAUAAAUGUGAUGGUCCAAGUCUUGUGACAAAAGGGAAAAGUUUUCCUCUUAUUGGCUUCUUCUUGUUAGACAAGAAUAUCUAUAAUGGAAAUAUUCUCUUCCUUGUUGGUUUUAGACGAAAAA